GGAAGGGGUAGUCGAGUAGUGGAUAAGCUACCUCUGGCCAUUGCGGGCACCACAGCUAGUCUAACAUCAUCUCUCCUCUCCAUUCUGACUUCUUCAGGCUGCCGAAAUGACUGACGACGCACAAGACCAGUCAUCCCAAUACAAUUCUUUAUUUAUCUUCAAAGAUAGCAAUCCGAUCAGAAAGCAUUGCAAGGCGAUUGUAACAUGGGCACCUUUUGAAUAUAUAAUUCUUCUGGUGAUUGUUGUCAAUUGUAUCGGACUCGGUUUUGGUCUCUACCUUCCAGAAGAGAAUGAAACUGCACAACUUCUGGAGAAGGCUGAGAUCUACUUUCUCAUCAUCUUCAUUCUGGAAAUGGUGCUGAAAGUGAUUGCCUUUGGAUUCGCAUUGCACCCCGGGUCCUACCUCAGGAAUCCAUGGAACUUGAUAGACUUCUUCGUCAUAGUUAUCGGGAUAGUAUCACUGUUCCCGCUUGGCAUUGAGUUGGACGUCCUCAGGAUGUUGAGGGUGUUCCGUCUUCUCAGGCUCAUCAGGUUCAUCAAGAUCAUUAGGAGUAAAAACUAAGGAGAAAGCAGUGAACGCAUUGAUGAAGCUUUUUUAUUCUACACAUCUAUUAUAAUCUUUAAAAUAUGUAUAAUGUAAUAACUAUAUCCUCUAACAAUCUUUAAAAAGCUUUAAGAGCUAAUAUUGUUGUAAACAUUUUGAGUUGUAUUUUUGUACAAAAGUAUAUUUUCUUACAUAUUAAGCAAUAAAAAUAUAUAUAUUUUAGCUUGGUAUAGGAACC